UCGUCGUAGGCUCGAUGUGAUGGGAUCCUCGGAGGAUAUAAACUUUGGUACCGUCAGCGGCGGGCUGUUGAGAUGCAGCAGCAAUGCCUGCAAAGGCUGCACUGAGCCCAAUGUUGAGCUUCAUUUUUGAUGCGGAUUGAUGAAGCUUGGUUGUCUUGAGGCUGGAGGCCAGGCUGAGAUAGCUUAACGUCGCAAGCUUGAUACAGGCAACGCGAAUCCGGGAUGAUGCACGUGUUGGGUUGCGGCCGGGUCUCGAGUUGUUCCGUCAUACAGUGCGUCAGCCCCCCAAUUAGAGCGUUACAGUGGCGAUUGAAACAGUGUUUAGGGCAUUUGACACAGUCUCGCCAAUUACACUAUCAAGCUAAACGUAACCGCGGGACAGAAGCUUAUCAUUGUAAUUAUUGUUGUCGACAUUGCCACGAUGCAUGCCAUUCCUUGAAUCACUAAUCUAGUAGCGAGACUAAUCGCAUCUUCUUUUCUUAUAAAUUUAACACUUUUCAUUCGGUGCCCUCGCCCGUGGCAGCGGCAGAGGAGGCGAUAUGUUAGCUCGGCAAGCUGUUCUGCGACAAGCAGCUCUCCCCACGACGAGGUUCCAAACCCAACGAACAGUCGCCAGCCAGAUCCGACCUCUUAACAGGCGUAUAUCGUUCUUGCCGUGGCGUCAAAGGCAAUCGGAACCUAUACCAGUCUACUUCUCCAAACCCGAUCCUUCAACGAACGCCAACAGGGUGAACCCAGUCUACCACGGAAGCGCAAACCAGGUGGGGGGCGAGGAAGUCAAGAGAGCACUGAGAAGGGCAAAAUGGACCAUCUUCCGAUAUCGAAUACGCCGUGCGAUCUUCACGACUAUUGUGCUCUACGCUUGUUGGCAAAUCUUCAUCGCCGUUGUAUUCGAUCCCAUAUUCGACUGGGCUGACGCAGAAUGGGAGGCGCUGUCUGAAAAAGAGAAGGAGGAAGCCGAGGCCCUCCACGACCCUGACGAACCGUUGAUAUUUCUCCCUUUCCCCUUCACAACCAAAGAAGUUAAGCAACCACCAUAUCGAGGUUCAGAUCCAGAGUGGCAAACUUUCGUCAAAGUCAGCCAGGACAAGAAACUUCUUCAGGAGAUCAAGAAUGGUCUGGCAAACGAGAUCAAGCGUGGCGUUGAACGGAACCCUGCCUUCAAUAAGCUUCUUGGUGGAGAAAUAACUGUGAGGAAGUACUGGCUUGACAUAAUCUUCCCGCCUGCUCCUCCACCGAUACACUAUGUCUCUGGAAUCAUGAUCGAUGAGGAGGGCAUUUUCUGGGGUGAUCGACCCAUCGACUCGAUUGCUGCUAGCUUUCUUGCCAAAGCACUUUACCCCAAAGCUCUUGCUAUGGGUUGCUGGACCUUUGUCAGUUUCCUAACGAAACAAGUAGCGCUGGAUAUCUCAAAAGCGAUCGGUUUAAGUGAACCUGAUCCCCCAGAAUCUGGCUGGCACCAAGUGCCAGUGGGAAACCUCCCUGGCAUAAUUCCUCCUCCGGCUGCCACCAGAGCAGCAGUCCAGCACGACCCCAAGGCACAUACCGCACAUCUUCCUCCAGUUUUCAACGAGAUCAUCAGCGCUGCAUUCGGUCCAGACGCGAAACUCGAUCCUCGUCUUCAAGCUGCUAGCAUGGCUGGUGCUCUCGCCUUUCUGCGACAUUGGAAGCCUACCAAGAGUCUGCCCAGCAGGGGAUGUAUCAGAGUUGACGGUAUAGUCGAACUCAAGGGAAAGACAGCGGUCAUGGCAGUUCUCGUUGCGGGCUACUACGAUCCCAAGACACGUCAGUACGUAGCUGUCCAGACUAUGCUCAAGCACUUGAUGCAACUGAGACAACGGCCUGCGCCUGGCUAGACUUGUAUUAUAAGACAAAAUAAAUUUCGAAAGUUACGCAGGACUUAGCAUGGCGGGGCGCAUGGAGCAGGUUUGGCUUGAGAUACCAUAGGAGAUUUAGAAUAUCAGUGUUUGAUAUUGCUUUGUUCUACCCUAUCCACCUAACCAGUGCUGUGAAAUGACGCAGCAUAAACAUUUGGAUGCUCCCUAUGAGCCUAUUCCUGAGGCCAGUUCCACAAAGAAAAGAAGAAGAAAAAAAGCAUCCGUAUACCCGCCCAACACCAGUACCAUCCCAUGCCUUUCCAUAUCCUGCUCAUAAAAGGCAUCGUUGGAUAUUGUUCGCACUCGCAAACGCUUCCUUCAUCCUAUUCAGAGAACUAGCUACCAACACUAGAUUUAGUAAAGGGUCUUGCAAUCGCCCAUUCAGAUGCCUGCUUUCUCCCAUGCCCUGAAUGAUGACGUUGGUAGUGUUAAUUCCUCAGGACAUUGAUCGAGAUGGUGAAGACUUCUAAUUCAACCUCUGGACCGCCCGGAACACGCUCGUCUCGCGGAAUGGCAGCGAUGAGAUGUGACUCGAGUACGUUGAGCCCUGGAUGUAGCAUUGCCUCGAAGGCGCGCUCGUGAGGUAGCUGGCCUGGGGCUUGGUGAUGAAUGGGCUUAAGCGGUUGCUUGUUAACCAGUGUCCAGAGGCUGUAUUGUCUAGUCUGUAAAUGGCUGGGUAUUGCGGUGACGGCAAGAAUACGGGUGAGAUGAGGAGGUAGGUUAAGAGUGGCAGCCUGUUCCAUCUCCUUGGGGUUGGGUCUGAUGGUUGCCAGUACAGGACUGUGUGAUUGAAGAGUGGGGUGAACCUGAAUCUUCAUACUCUCAAUGAGAGCAUCGUCGAUACCUGUAUUUGUUAGUGUUUGGCGCUUGUAAAUGUGUUUGGGUGAAUUACCUUUACCAGGGCGACGAGGAUGCUUCUGGUCCAUAUACCCAUUAACAAGCGGAUUGUUGAUUGGUUGCGGUGGUGCCACAGGCACAGGAGCAGGGACAGCAACGGGAGCAGCCGCAGGAAUCGCGGGAGUCGCUUGAUUAGGUGCAGCGCUAGGCGGUUGUGAUGUAACUGCUGGCGAUGCCCUUGAGGCCUCCUCUGCCUUGAGAGCACUCUGUACAGAAGGACUAGGAGAUGGCACGGCAGAUAACGAGGUGCUUCUAGCCUUUUCCAGUUGGGGAUUGACAGCUUGAGCAGGCGUUGAAGUACGUGCCGUGCCGUUCACAGUUUGGCCAUUUGUUAUCGCCUCCUUCGAUUGAGCUGGCGCUGGUGAAUCAGCAGAAUCUCGUUGACCUCCAACAUGGAUUGUGAUCUUCUUGGGUCCGGGUGUAGGCGUCUCACUGGAUCCGCCAACCUUUAACUUGAUCUUUGGUUGAGAAGGUUCAGUUACAACAGCUUGUGCUUGUUUUAACUGAUCAUAAAAGAAUUUCUGCAACGCGGUUAGAAAUGUUGACAAACGCAAGCAAAAUGGUACUGACCUCGAGAUCCUGCGCAACCAAGUAGAUUUCACUGCCUUCUUCAUUGUAAAAGUACGCGUUGGUCCACAAUAGCUUUGCCUUCUCCUCAAAAGCGGCCCAUGACUUGAAAUCGCUAACUCCAGUUGAGCCACCACGACCGUGGAAACCCUUGACCGCCUUCUGCAGUUUUCGGAUCGACAUGGGGUCACUGAUAACCUUGAAAUACUCUUUGAGAGACCGAGGCGGUAGGUUAAUGAAAGCUUCGAAGUAAGGGCCAUCGUAUCCAGGGUCUUCGCGUCGGAUAAGCUCCUCGAUGAGCUUUUCCUGGGCUUGCUGAAAUGACAAUCCUUUGUAGGGUACAUCUUCAUAGACGUGGUCUGGCUUUGCGGCGGGCGCUGCUGGCUUUGGGGUCUCUUUGCCUCGAGUGGACGCCCUUCGACCAGGUGUACGACCAGGUGUUCUCCGCUUGAGUGUAAUGGUUCGUCUACGAGAGCUUGGCGCCUCUUCUUCUUCCUCUUCAUCUUCCUCUUCAUCCUCGUCUUCUUUUUCUUCCUCGGGCUCAUCGUCAUCUUCGUUCUCGUCAUCGUUCAUUUCUUCGUCCUCGUUGUCUUCAUUGGCCUCCUCGCCAUCAUCAUCCGGGAACGGGGUCGGCACAGCCUGAUAACCUCUAACAUGAUAUGCCGGAUUUUUCUUGGUCAUGUAAUUGCUGACAGCCUUUCUCAAUCGUUCCGCGUCUUCGAAUAUCUCGGUUGAUCGAGGGUAGAACUCCUUCGCGUUGCUGAUCAUGCGCUUAAAGUAGCCCUCAAGCUCGGACAAGUUCUCAAAUUCGCCAUCGUUCAGUUUCUGCUCGAUCAUGGAUAAUGAAAUGGGCAUGCGUGUUUGUUCGUAAUAGUCUGCAUUUUCCUCGCGGGGUGGAAGUUCUUCGAAAUUGGUUGCGACAAGACGCCCACUAUAGGAUGAGUCAGUACGGUAAUGAUAAUUGGAAA